CGUCAUCCAUCCCCACAGCAUCGGUACUCAGUAGUUUGACAGCUAAAACAAUGACAUCAGGAGCCAUGGCCCGCACUUGUCAAGCCGCAUAGGCAGAAUGACAUGCAUGACAGGCUGACAGCACAUUGACCCGCCCAGCACUCCACUACCAUGGAUGCUCGUAAUCGCUCCAUAAUAAAAACCUGGCUAGUCAAUGGCCAGGGCAGUCAACGCAUAUGCUGUGUUGCAUCUGAUUGCCAGGUGGCAACAUAUCCAUUCAUAACCAGGAUAAGCCUGGCCUGAAUCAAGAGUCAUGCACAAUAAAAGAGAUAUGGAAGGCAGCGAGGAGCCUUGGAUGACGAAGUAUAUUCGGCCAUCCCAUCUGACAUGUCGCAGAUCUUCCUCGGCUCCCUCUCCAGAUCUAAACUAGAUCUAGACAGAGCACAUCUCCAGCUGCUGAGUCCUGACGACCUGUCCACACAGAUUCACUUUAGAGACAACGAGCGUCACUUCCUCACCCGCUACCUCGGCCCACACUCCGACAGCGACCUCAAUGCACGCUGUCAACAACUCCUCAAUCACGCACAACACCUCGAAGCCUAUACCACCAUUCUCGGCUUGAACUGGCUCCUCCCACAAGUCUCUUUGUUGCCUACUUAUCAAACAUUAGCAAGACGCUUCACAGACCCUUAUCCGCCGGUUGUAUGUGAAUUAGGCGCAGGUAUCGGUACAGAUAUUCGACAGUGUCUGCUGGAUGGACUACCCCGAACACACCUGAUUGCGUCUGAUGUCGUUGCCGGGUACUGGCAGCUCGGCCUUGACUUCUUCAACGACCGAACAACACUCCCCGUCAAAACAUGUUUCUGCAAUGCAGCAGCGCCUGUAAAACAACCGAAUCCACUCGAUCAAUUCAACGGCAGAGUCGAUGCAUUCUACUCACUCAUGGUACUCCAUGUAUUUGAUCAACAAGCAGCAACUGCCUUCCUGGCAAGACAAUUCAACUUGCUUGCACCAGGUGGUCUGUGUUUCGGCACAACGUGUGGUGCACAGAUAGCUAGAGCUUGGCCUGUACGAGGUCAUGAACGGUGGUUAUUCGAUAAAUCUGCAUUACGCGCCUUAUUAGAAUCGUGUGGGUUUGGUGAGGUCGUGGUGGAGGAGACGGUCUUGUCGGCGCGUAUGCGGGAGAUGAUGGAUGCGAAGCGGAGUCAAGUGGAUAAAGAUCCAAUGGAGAAGGAUAUGCUUGUUUUGAGCUUUAGUGGUGUCAAGAUCUUGCCAGAGUGGGCGAGCUGUUGAGUCUGGGGUGUAGUGUGU